UCCCUACAGCCAGCUAGUGGUCACCACUCUAUCUUCUCUCUCCUCUGACCAGUAAAAGAAAAGAAAAAAAAUCUCUCUUUUCUCUCUGUCUGAGCAAUCAGAGAGUGCUUCAGGAGCUCCAAUGCCUCCUACAACCACAUGAUAUCAAUCAGUCAGAAGAUUUGAUUUUCUUUACAUUUCCGGGUUGAGUGGCAAACCUUGGCUCUUAGGAGUUUUAAAGCUAAGUACUGUGCGCAAGAUUGGAAAUCUUUUUACAAGUGAGAGAAGGGCGGAGAAGUUGACGUGGUUUGUGUCGGUGCUAAAUGGUGAUCUUUGAGGAGUUAGGUUUCUCUGGUAAUCUUGACUAUCUUUUGGCUCCAUCUGGGGAAGGGGAUGCAGCUCCAGAACAUGAACAAGAGGCAACUGUGGAGGAGGAUUAUAGUGAUGAAGAAAUGGAUGUUGAUGAGCUCGAGAAGAGGAUGUGGAGAGAUCGAAUGCUACUGAAGGGGCUGAAAGAACAAACUAAGGGAAAGGAAGCAGUUGACAAUGCAAGACAGCGUCAAUCACAGGAACAAGCGCGGAGGAAGAAGAUGUCACGGGCACAAGAUGGAAUCCUGAAAUAUAUGCUGAAAAUGAUGGAAGUUUGCAAAGCUCAGGGUUUUGUUUAUGGAAUUAUCCCUGAAAAAGGAAAACCAGUGAGUGGCGCCUCUGACAAUCUGAAGAGGCUGAAAGAACAAAUGAAGGGAAAGGAAGGAGUUGACAAUGCAAGACAGCGUCAAUCACAGGAACAAGCGCGGAGGAAGAAGAUGUCACGGGCACAAGAUGGAAUCCUGAAAUAUAUGCUGAAAAUGAUGGAAGUUUGCAAAGCUCAGGGUUUUGUUUAUGGAAUUAUCCCUGAAAAAGGAAAACCAGUGAGUGGCGCCUCUGACAAUCUGCGAGCAUGGUGGAAGGAAAAAGUAAGAUUUGAUCGUAAUGGCCCGGCUGCGAUUUCUAAGUAUCAGGCAGAUCAUUCAAUCCCUGGGAAGAAUGAAGACUUCAGUGCAGUGGCAUCCACUCCUCACACCUUACAGGAGCUCCAAGACACCACUCUUGGUUCACUUUUGUCAGCUUUGAUGCAGCACUGCAAUCCACCCCAAAGACGUUUCCCGUUGGAGAAGGGUGUUGCUCCUCCUUGGUGGCCUACUGGUAACGAGGAAUGGUGGCCGCAACUAAAUCUCCCCCAGGAUCAGUGUCCUCCCCCAUACAAGAAGCCUCAUGAUCUGAAGAAGGCUUGGAAGGUUGGUGUUCUCACGGCUGUGAUUAAGCACAUGUCGCCAGAUAUUGCAAAGAUCCGCAAGCUUGUUCGUCAGUCCAAAUGUUUGCAGGACAAAAUGACUGCUAAGGAGAGCGCCACUUGGCUAGCCAUUAUAAACCAGGAGGAAGCUCUGGCCCGGAGGCUAUAUCCUGAUAGAUGUCCACCUCCAUUUGCUGGUGGGAGUGAGUCUCUCGCAAUCAGUGGUACUAGUGAUUAUGAUGUUGAAGGGGUUGAUGAUGACGAAAAUGUUGAAAUAGAGGAUUGCAAACCUCUUGUUAAUCACUUCAUCAUUGGAGCGACUGGACAAAGAGAGAGGCAGGUGGUACCUCAGGUUAAGGGAGAGCACAUCGAGAUCAACUCGGAUUUUGGUCCGAAGAGGAAGCAGCUGGCUGAAGAGCCACAAAUGAUGUUAGAUCAGAAGUAUUACGCCUGCGAAUAUCUGCAGUGCCCGUAUCAUGAUUAUCGCCUAGGCUUUCUCGACAUAACUGCAAGAAACAAUCAUCAGUUGAAUUGUCCAUACCGGAAUAAUUCUUCACAAGUUCUGGGAAUGUCAAGCUUUCAGCUUCACAAUGAGAAACCUGUGGACUUCUCUCUACCCAUUGCUCAACCACCAACACCAGCAAUUCAACGACCAGUGAACCAGUCAAGUGGGUUUGAUGCUUUGGGACUUGGAAAUCAACAGCAGGUGAACCAAUCAAGUAGGUUCGAUGCUUCGGGACUUGGAAAUCAACAGCAGGUGAACCAGUCAAAUAGGUUCGAUGCUUCGAGAAUUGGAAUUCAACAACCAGUGAACCAGUCAGGUAGGUUUGAUUCUUCGGGGCUUGGAAUUGCUGAGGAUGGGCAGAAAAUGAUAUCCGAGCUUAUGUCAUUCUAUGAUAGUAAUAUACAGCAAAACAAGAACUGCAAUCCUGGAAACCUAAAUGAUGUAGAUGAUUGCAAUCAGCAGCAGGCUAACUUUCAAUUUCCAAUGAAUGAUAACUUAUAUGGUCAAGGGCUGGACAUAGGACGCAACAUGAACAUGUCGGAACAGUCCCCAAUGCCUAUGCUUCAUCCAGAUUUUUCAUCCCCGGAAGUUCAGUUUGAUCAGUUGAUGGCAUUUGAUUCUCCAUUUGGUAACAAUUCCAACGAAGAUGUCGACAUAAGAUUUGGCUCCCCCUUGCACUUGUCACCUGUUGGUUAUAAUGUUAUGGACCCGCCUCUGAACCAAGACCCCUGGUUCCCAUGAAGUGGGUUUUUUCUUAUAUUGACUGCUCCAAUAUAUACGCGUUGGAGUCCCACAGUUUAGGUGAAGCUUCUUUUCAACUUUACUUGCUUCUCUUAUCUUUUGGCCUUGUUAGAUGUCUAUAUGCCUAAUAUGUCAUAACCCAAAUCUGUGUUUGCGGGUGGUUUACACGGUUGAGCAAAUAAAGAAGCUUGUUGUGUUUAGUUGCUUAUUUAUCUGCUGGACUUUUUAGACGUUUAUAACCCUCGAGAACUCAGGGUUUCCCGUACCGCAACUCUCAUCUAAGCAUAGGUAUAUCUAGUUGCAGUAUUGAGUAAAUCCAAUAAAGGACCGGAAAACCCAGUCUGGUGUUCCGUGCUUUUUGUUGAAAUGUUGGAAACAUUUUUCCGUCUGCUAAGUCGAUGUUGGAAUGUAGUUAUGUAAUGUAUAUACAGAAGACAUCUAUAUAUGUGGUGGUUUUUAUAUAUUUAACUGCACCUGUAUCUUGUU